GAAGAUAGCGAGACCAAGUCUCUCUCUCUCAUUCUCUCUCAUCUUUAUCUCUCUCUCUCUCUCUCGCUCUCCCUUCGAAGCAGCCUUUCUUGUCAAGCUUUCUCGUUUCUGCGGGAACAGAAACCCUAGAAAUUCUGGGAGUGCGUUCGAGUUCUGGUGCCGAGAAGCCCUGAUUUUUGUGGUUUUCUUGGAUUUGUUGGAGUUUGGGGCUUGAUUUGGAGAGAAAUGUCGUCUCUGAGCAGAGAAUUGGUGUUUCUGAUACUCCAGUUUCUGGAGGAAGAGAAGUUUAAGGAGUCUGUGCACAAGCUUGAGCAAGAAUCAGGGUUUUUCUUCAACAUGAAGUACUUUGAAGAGAAAGUACACGCAGGAGAAUGGGAAGAAGUCGAGAAGUAUUUAUCUGGGUUUACCAAAGUUGAUGAUAACAGAUACUCCAUGAAGAUAUUCUUUGAAAUCAGGAAGCAGAAGUAUCUAGAAGCACUUGAUCGGCAAGACAAAGCGAGGGCUGUUGAGAUCUUGGUGAAUGACUUGAAAGUGUUCUCGACCUUCAAUGAGGAUUUGUAUAAGGAAAUUACUCAGCUUUUAACUCUCAGCAAUUUCAGGGAAAAUGAGCAGCUUUCAAAGUAUGGGGACACCAAAACAGCUCGUGGCAUAAUGUUGGUAGAGCUUAAAAAAUUAAUAGAAGCAAAUCCCCUUUUCCGUGACAAACUUGUUUUCCCUUCUUUAAAGUCAUCGAGAUUGAGGACGCUCAUUAAUCAAAGUUUGAAUUGGCAGCACCAACUCUGCAAGAAUCCAAGGCCGAAUCCAGAUAUUAAAACCUUAUUCACAGACCACGCAUGUACUCCUCCAAAUGGGGCUCUUGGGGCUACACCUAUCAAUCCUCCAGUUGCUGCUGUUGCAAAGCCUGCUGUUUAUACGUCGCUUGGAGCACAUGGCCCUUUUCCACCCACUGCAGUUGCUGCUAAUGCUAAUGCUUUAGCUGGCUGGAUGGCAAAUGCAGCUGCUUCUUCAUCUGUUCAAGCAACUGUUGUGACGGCAUCAUCAAUACCUGUUCCACCAAAUCAAGUUUCGAUAUUAAAACAUCCAAGAACACCCCCAACAACUCUAGGUAUGGUUGAUUAUCAGAAUCCAGAUCAUGAACAUCUGAUGAAACGCUUGCGGCCUGCACAGUCCAUUGAGGAGGUUACAUACCCAACAGCCCGUCAGCAAGCGCCGUUUUCACUGGACGAUCUUCCAAGAACAGUAGCUUUCACCUUGCAUCAAGGAUCCACUGUCACAAGCAUGGAUUUUCACCCUUUGCACCACACAUUGCUUCUGGUUGGUGCUCGAAGUGGUGAAAUUACCCUCUGGGAAAUAGCGUUGCGAGAGAGGCUGGUUUCAAAGCCAUUUAAGAUUUGGGAUAUGACAGCUUGCUCAAUGGCAUUUCAGACGGCCAUUGGCAAAGAUGCUCCAAUAUCUGUUAAUCGUGUUGCAUGGAGUCCAGAUGGAAAUUUCAUAGGGGCUGCAUUUAGCAAACAUUUAGUUCAGUUGUAUGCUUAUCCUGGAUCAAAUGAUCUACGCCAACAUUUAGAGAUUGAUGCUCAUGUUGGGGGAGUGAAUGAUUUAGCUUUUGCUCAUCCAAACAAACAACUGAGCGUAGUAACCUGUGGAGAUGAUAAAUUGAUAAAGGUAUGGGAUUUAUCGGGACGGAAACUCUACAGCUUUGAAGGCCAUGAAUCACCGGUGUAUUCUAUCUGCCCUCAUCACAAAGAAAACAUCCAGUUUAUAUUUGCAACUGCUAUUGAUGGGAAAAUUAAGGCCUGGCUGUAUGACAAUAUGGGCUCUAGAGUUGAUUAUGAUGCUCCUGGACAGUGUUGCACUACAAUGCUUUAUAGUGCAGAUGGAAGCAGAUUAUUUUCUUGUGGAACGAGCAAAGAUGGCGAUUCUUUUCUGGUUGAAUGGAAUGAAAGUGAGGGAGCAAUAAAAAGGACAUAUUCAGGGUUGAGAAAGAAAUCAGCUGGUGUCGUGCAGUUUGACACAACACAAAAUCACUUUUUGGCUGUGGGUGAAGAUGGCCAGAUAAAGUUUUGGGACAUGGACAAUACCAGUCUCCUCACAAGUACAGAUGCUGACUCUGGACUCCAGAGUCUUCCUCGUUUGAGGUUCAACAAAGAAGGAAAUCUUCUUGCUGUUACCACAGCAGACAAUGGUUUCAAGAUACUUGGAAAUGCUGCUGGUCUCAGAUCAUUAAGAGCAAUUGAAACCCCAUCAUUUGAAGCACUGAGAGCACCAAUUGAAUCUUCUGGAAUCAAAGUUUCUGGGACUUCUGCUGUAGCAAAUGUAACUCCAGUCAAUUGUAAAGUGGAAAUAGGCUCUCCUUCCAGGCCAUCUGCAAUUCUUAAUGGAGUCGAUCCAAUAGCUAGAAGUUUGGAAAAGCCAAGAAUCUUGGAGGAUGUUUCUGAUAAAGCCAAGCCGUGGCAGUUGGCCGAAAUAUUGGAUCUUGUUCAGUGCCGGCAAGUUACCAUGCUAGACCCUACAGAUUCUGCCAGCAAGGUUUCUAGACUUCUUUACACAAAUUCUGGAGUUGGCAUAUUGGCACUUGGGUCCAAUGGUACCCAGAAGCUAUGGAAGUGGGUUCGUAAUGAGCAAAAUCCAACUGGAAAGGCCACUGCCAGUGUUGUUCCGCAGCAUUGGCAACCAAACAGUGGUCUUCUUAUGACUAAUGAUGUCUCAGGUGUCAACCUUGAAGAGGCAGUCCCAUGUAUAGCACUCUCAAAGAAUGACUCAUAUGUAAUGUCAGCCUGUGGUGGCAAAGUUUCAUUGUUCAACAUGAUGACAUUCAAGGUAAUGACAACAUUCAUGCCACCUCCCCCUGCUUCGACCUUCCUAGCAUUCCAUCCUCAAGAUAACAAUAUCAUAGCCAUUGGAAUGGAGGAUUCAACCAUCCACAUUUACAAUGUUAGGGUGGAUGAUGUAAAGUCAAAAUUGAAAGGUCACCAAAGGCGCAUAACGGGUUUAGCCUUUUCCACCAACCUUAACAUUCUAGUUUCAUCUGGGGCUGAUGCUCAAAUUUGCACAUGGAGCAUUGACACAUGGGAGAAGAGGAAAUCUAUUUCAAUCCAGCUGCCCGCUGGUAAGACACCAACAGGUGACACCCGAGUACAAUUCCACUCCGAUCAGAUUCGCCUGCUUGUAUUCCAUGAAACACAAUUAGCUAUAUAUGAUGCUUCCAAGAUGGACCGAAUUCGUCAGUGGAUUCCACAAGAUGUUCUUUCUGCACCCAUAUCUUAUGCAGCGUAUUCCUGCAACAGUCAACUAAUUUAUGCCACAUUUUCUGAUGGCAACAUUGGGGUCUUCGAUGCGGAUGGACUGAGGCUAAGAUGCCGCAUUGCCCCAUCCGCGUACCUCUCCCAGGCAGUGUUGAAUGGAAGCCAGCCGGUGUGCCCGUUGGUCAUAGCAGUGCACCCACAGGAACCCAAUCAGUUAGCUGUUGGGUUGAGCGAUGGAUCUGUUAAAGUAUUAGAGCCCUCUGAAACGGAGGGGAAGUGGGGAGUGAAUCCGCCAGCUGACAAUGGGACAAUGAAUGGCAGGACGGGUUCAUCAUCUGCCACAAGCAACCACACACCGGAUCAGUUGCAGAGAUGAGACGAGAUGAAAUUCCUUGUAAUUUAGUUCCCUUAGUUCUUCUUACCAGUGUAAAAUUCUAGGUUUUGUUUUGUCCUGUAUGUUACCUUGUCAAAGGUAACAUUGAGAGAGAGAGAGAGAGAGAGAGAGAGAGAGAGAGAGAGACGCAUAUUCUUGUACGCUUAUUUGUUCAAGUCAAUUUCAUUGAAAUCUUUGUUUA